AUGCCCCUCCGUCAUGUCCCACGCCUUGCGGCAUGUCCCCCAGCUCGCCCAACCGGCCGUGCCUCAUUCCUUCACCUGCCCCCGCCGCAGCACCGCCCGUUUCACUGCUCGUGUGCGCGCAGGAACGCCGAUGAUGAUGGCGGCCGCAACCACUACGAGAUCCUGAACGUCCGACCGCACGCCUCCGCGGCCGAGAUCAAAAAGUCCUUCUACGCCCUCUCAAAGACUCACCACCCGGACCACAACCCCUCGGACCCGGCAGCCCCCGAGCGCUUCAUGCGCAUCUCGGCCGCAUACACGGUGCUGUCGUCGCCCGACAAGCGCGCCGCCUACGACCGCGACGUCAUGCACGCCAGGCACCACCGCCACCACCACCACCCCGCGCCCCACAGGGGCUCCUACAGCUCCACGGGGCCGGCCGGCGGGCGCCCGGCCUCGGGGCUGAGCCGUCGCCGGAGCACCUUCACCGGCCCGCCUCCUUCCUUCUACCGCAGCGGUGGCUGGGGCGUCCACGGUGCCAAGCGCUCCGCCGCCCACGAGGAGAGUACUGGAGGCGGCGGUGGGAGCAGCAGCAGCGACAUGGGAGGCAUGGGCCCGUCCCAUGGGCACUGGAACCAGGAGGUGCCGCAUUUCGACGCAGACUCGCACGAGCGCACGCACCGGCGCAUGGAGCGCAGACGGCGGGCCGCCGCUCCGGACGAGUUCCGGCCUAGCUUCACCUCGGAGCCAGGUGUCAUGGCCAGCUUCUUCAUCGUUUCUGCCGCCUUGCUCGGCGCCCUCCUGACACCCGUGGUCAUCUUUGCAAAAUGGGACCAAAAGAAAGUGCGUGGACAGCAGGACCGAAAGGUAAAACCUGCAGCGCCAACGUAG